AUGAACUUUGUCAAGAAUCUGAUCAGGAAAUACUUCGGAAGACUCCACUACAGCACAGGCCUGGUCUACAAUGACACUUUGGCGAGAAAAACAAGAAUCUGGCAGAGAUUUUGGAGGAGUUUAUUUAAAUCUCGCGAAUUGUAUGUUGAUGUCGAGAAAAGAAUGCAAGAAUUAGUUGACAUUUGCACAAAAGAAGGAAUUACGAACUUCAGAAACGAUCUAUUUGCACCAAAUGACGCAAUUAAACAGGCAAGAAAACUUUCUUUCUUCUUGGAAGGACCUGACUGCUACUUCCGAUCUGAUUCAGUCAAAGAUCCAACCUGCUGGGGAAGGAUGUUCAUAAAUCUAUUCCCGUUUCAGCUGACAAUCAUUUACGAUGUAUCCGAGAAGUCUGUUAUUAUUGAUGAUGAAAUAGUUUGCGAAUUUGUCAAUCAAAAUAAGCAAAGCGAUAUUUUGUUGUCAAGGAAAUUCAGGCAGAUGCUGAGAUGUUUGAGGGAUGAGAGAGUGAAUUACAAAUUCAGCGAAAUAGUCCCCAUCAAAACAGCAUGCGGGAAGAAAGAAAGGUUGGUAGAUUUCCAGUCUGGAAUUUUGAGGAUAAAACAAAAGUGUAAUGAUCCGUUUUCUCAUGGAUUCAAGGUCAGGUUGGAACUCGAUGACGGGAAAUACAUCGAUGAUGAUGGAACAGAAGUAACAGGAAUCAAAUACACUGCCAAAGAAGCAGAUCUCGGAAUAACAAGCGAUUUCUCGCAAACUCCAGAGUUACUUCAAUUGUUUAACUCAAAUAAAGAGAUAAUUGACGCUAAAUGGCCUGAAAUCCAGCAAAGAUUAACGUGGAUGCACGAUGAUUUGAUGGAAUUUCGCCAAGAGCAGCUAGAAGUGCUGAGCAACGUCUUUUACAUGAUGGUCUACAACAACGACAAAAUUCCAAGAGCAGAAAUGGAAUCAUUUUUGACGAAAUACGAACAGAACCCGACUGUUCAGAACAUUCCAGAACUAGAAAGGCUCAACCUUGAUGGCCUCUACGACAGACUCAAGUUCUACGAUGUACAUCCAGCAUUUGCUUUCUGGUACAACUUUUUCGACGAUAUCGCCGUGAGAAAUUCUGUCAUCAAAAAGAUUUCAACAAACGCAGAUCUGUUCGACAUGUCUGCUGGCACUGCUCUUGCUUACCACCCAAUGCCUGUCGAGAAGUUGAAGGAGAUACUGGAAAGCAGAUGGCUGAGAACUAAGAAAGGCGGAGGCUUGUUCAAUGACAAAGUGAUGAAUCUGUUUGAGGAAAAACUCAACGCUGCAUGCAACAAUGCUCCUGUUCCUGAGACUGAAAUCAAGGUUUCUUCAAUGAGUGAAAAUUUGAUGACAGAUCCACUAAUGAUAGGAACUCCUUUGGUUACAGAGAAUACUACUUAUCUGGCAACAGCUGCAAUGACUGCUUUCACUGGAUCAUAA